GCUGUCAGCUUAUGUUGAAGCAAAAAUUUAAAUGGUAAUCGUUUUAGUCAUGAGGCGAGAGGCAAGCUAUCUAUAAAAAAUGCUCAAAGUUUUUCGUUUCUUUCGCCGCGGACAUCGUUCUGUCGAUAUGAAUGAAACAGAGGGGGAAAAAGAGGCAACUUUUUGGUCAAAGAGAGGUCGUCAGAGAAGAAAGCCGCUUGAAUGCGAGUCGCGAAAAGUGAAAUAUUUGGUCAACACUCAGUCCCUCGAUGAAAGCACAGAGACUUUUGAGGAAAGAAAUGUUAGUCCAAUAGAUGGAGAGCUGGCAUCACAUAAGAAAUCUCUUAAAGCUAUGUCAAUGGAAAGUUUAACACAAUCAAAAAGAGAGCGGUCUUGUUCUCGGCCGUCGCCUAUGUAUUCUGAUGACUUCUGGUUGCGGCACUUCGACGGUGAAAAUUCAGUCUCUUGGAAAACUUUCCGUGCUGCUUUUCUAGAAGAUUACGGAUCUGUUAUACACGAAUUUGCUCCCAAUAGAAUGCACUGGAUCUUAACAAUUGUACAUACGGAUAUUUUUGGGUCGGUAGAAGACAUUCAUAAAUUGUAUUAUGAAAAGUUUUGCGGAAAAUCUAAAAAUCCGGAUCGCCUAUGGAUAAAGAUCAAAGAGUACGCGUCCGAGAGGAUUUUUCGAGAGGGCGUCAUUGAAUCGAUGUUUGAGUAGACUUAACAUACUUAAUUAAAAGCAUAAGAAAGUGAAAAUAGCUUUCGCACAUUUUUUAUGAGAUCUCCUAUACAAUAAUUCUUGUGUUUGUAUUUACAUGUUCACAUGGCACACAACAAAAUAAAAUGAACUAGAACACAG